AUGAGGAGUUUCCUCACUCUUUCGUUGUUGCCGCUGAUUGCGUCAGCCUCACCAGUGCUCAACGUUGGCACCAUUCACAACGAGGCUGCUCCUAUCCUUUCUUCAUCUCAAGCAAAUGAGGUGCCAGACUCAUACAUCGUUGUAUUCAAGAAGCAUGUCUCGCAUACUUCCGCAGCUGCUCACCAUGACUGGGUGCAAGACAUUCACCUCUCGAGCGAGGAUGCCAGGACCGAGCUCCGCAAGCGGUCUCAGACUCCUUUCACAAGCUCUGUGUUUGAGGGUCUGAAGCAUACCUACAAUAUUGGCAAUGGUGCCCUUCUAGGUUACUCUGGACACUUCGAUGAGAAUGUCAUUGAACAAGUCCGCAAGCACCCUGAUGUUGACUACAUUGAGAGAGAUGCCGAGGUUCACACUAUGGGGGGUUCUCUCGAGAAAAAUGCUCCUUGGGGUCUUGCUCGUAUCUCCCACCGUGACAGCUUAAGCUUCGGUACCUUUAACAAGUACCUCUAUUCCGAAGACGGCGGUGAGGGUGUCGAUGUCUAUAUCAUUGACACUGGCACCAACGUUGACCACGUCGACUUUGAGGGUCGUGCGGCUUGGGGCAAGACAAUCCCUGUCAACGAUGCCGAUGAAGAUGGUAACGGUCACGGUACUCACUGCUCCGGCACAGUUGCCGGCAAGAAGUUUGGUGUUGCCAAGAAGGCCAACGUCAUCGCCGUUAAGGUUCUGCGCUCAAAUGGCUCAGGUACCAUGUCAGACGUUGUCAAGGGUGUCGAGUACGCUGCUGAAAGCCAUAUCAAGAAGGUAGAAGCCGCCAAGGGUGGUAAGAGCAAGAAGUUCAAGGGCAGUGCCGCCAACAUGAGUUUGGGUGGCGGAAAGUCUGUAACCUUGGACCUUGCUGUCAACGCCGCGGUUGACGCUGGCAUCCACUUUGCCGUUGCUGCUGGUAACGACAAUGCUGACUCCUGCAAUUAUUCCCCUGCUGCCGCCGAGAAGGCUGUUACUGUCGGCGCUUCAACCCUUGCUGAUGAGCGUGCCUACUUCUCCAACUAUGGAAAGUGCAAUGACAUCUUUGCUCCUGGUUUGAACAUUCAAUCUACCUGGAUUGGCAGCAAGUACGCCGUCAACACCAUCUCUGGAACCUCGAUGGCUUCUCCCCACAUUGCUGGCCUCUUGGCCUACUUCCUUUCACUCCAGCCCUCUAAGGACUCUGCCUAUGCUGUUGCGGACAUUACUCCCAAGAAACUCAAGGCCAACCUCAUCAGCAUUGCAACCGAGGGUGCUCUGGCCGAUGUGCCUAGCAACACCAAGAACAUUCUUGCCUGGAAUGGAGGCGGCUCCUCUAACUACACUGAAAUCGUUGAGGAGGGUGGCUACCUGGCCAAGACCAAGGACACCAACACUGUUCUAAUCCCUACCGCUGAGAUUGAGGCGGAGCUGGUCUCUGCUGGACACAAGGUUGUCUCUGGCUCUGAGAAGCUUGCUGACAAGGCCGAGAAGCUCUCUGAGAAGAUCGAGGAGUUGGUUGCCAAAGAGCUUAAGGGAAUUUUUGAGGAGCUUCGAGCUGACUAA